AUGCCGAACACGCAGGUUGCAAAUACAUCACUAUUCCGGCUUCGUCGUGAAGAAGCUGAAAAACGUGUCUCCAAAAAGACAGAUGACUCUCAACUGGCUGGUGAAGCUGGAAAUACUGGAAACAAGUACCAUAAGGUCUAUGUUAUCCCGCCUGCUCGUGGUGUCUUCCGAUACAUCUUGUAUCCGCACUACGUCUUCGAAUGGCUCGAGUGGACAGGAUUUUCUCUCGCCGGUACGGCAGUAGCGCCUUUCUCCGCUUUGCCUGUGUCUGCGUCUUCCUCGGUGUCUUCUGUCGCUAUCGCUCCUCCGCUGCGUCUUGCACCCUGGUUGAUACCAAUGGCUUGGGCUGCUGGUAAACUUUCUGUCCCCCUCCCUCUACCCGCUGUGAUCUUUGUUGUCAAUGCUGUUACAAACAUGUUGCCGCAUGCGCGCUGGGGUCGGAAGUGGUACGUUGAGAAGUUUGGGGAGAAGGCUGUUGCUGGUCGGGGAGCUGCUGUUCCAGGAUGCGCGUGGUUGUGA